AUGGCGACAACAGCUCAGUAUAUUCCGAGGAAUAACUCCUUACCGUCCAACCCGCUCAUGCAUCCGGAUUCGGAUAGGAUGCACCAGGGGACGACCUACAGAGAAGUGCAGAAAAUGAUGCACCACGAGUACUUGCAAGGGCUAGCGGCUACCAACACGGGACACCCGAUGAGCCUGACGCACCACCAGUGGCUGCCCACAUCCAACACCGACUGGACCAGCGGCACCCACAUCGGGCAGCAGGAGCACAAAGCCAGCGUGCAAGCGAGCCGGGAGGACCUAAGCAGCGGCUUCCACCACAGAUCUCACCUGGUGCACCAGCAGACGCAGAGUGGUCACCAUGGCUCAUGGGCGCCGACCACGACGCACCACUUAUCUCCACUGUCCCCUGCAUCCAACGGUCACCAGUCCCUGGUCUACUCACAGCCUGGAUACACGAACCUCAACGCGAUGCUGAGUCCCCAGCCCGGCUCCCUGCACCAUGGCAUGCGGGACCCGCUGCACGACGACUCGGGCAGCCACGACAACCAAAUGGAGUCGCCCCAGCAGGCGUUCAGCCACCACCAGGACCACUCGGACGAGGACGCGCCCAGCUCCGACGACCUGGAGCAGUUCGCCAAGCAGUUCAAGCAGCGGCGGAUCAAACUGGGCUUUACGCAGGCGGACGUGGGCUUGGCUUUGGGCACCCUGUAUGGAAACGUCUUUUCUCAGACCACUAUCUGCAGGUUCGAGGCGUUGCAGCUCAGCUUCAAGAACAUGUGCAAACUUAAGCCGCUCCUAAACAAGUGGCUGGAGGAGACAGACUCAAACACUGGCAGUCCCACCAAUUUGGACAAGAUUGCUGCGCAGGGCAGGAAACGAAAGAAGAGGACCUCGAUUGAAGUGGGGGUGAAGGGGGCGCUGGAAAACCAUUUCUUAAAAUGCCCAAAGCCAUCUGCUCAUGAAAUCACCACUUUAGCCGGCACUCUUCAGUUGGAAAAAGAGGUUGUCCGUGUUUGGUUUUGCAACAGAAGACAAAAAGAGAAAAGAAUGACACCAGUGGGGGUCCCUCACCCGAAUAUGGAGGACGUAUAUUCUCAAGCAGAGACCCCUCCUCUACACCACACACUACAGAGUCCUGUGCAGUGACUGUUUUCAUGAACAAUCUAAGCAUUUCCGGGGGGGAUAGAAAAGGGAAAGGGACUAUGGAGUUUACAGUAUUUAAGUUUGGCUUUUGUUUUCCUGAGAGAAAAGAGACAUGGAAAAGUUGGACAGAUGAUUUUUGUCCUUAGUGUCCGGGGAUCGUCAUGUCCAAGAAAUAGAUGGCAUGAGGGAAAAUGUUAACAAAAAAAUAAAAAAGAAUAAUAAUAAUAAAAAAAAAGAAGAAAAAAAAUAAGCAUUCGCUAAUUAAUUGAUUCCGUGCGCAAUUAAAAUGAAACAAAGAUCUUUAUUUACCAAAAUUCUAUGGAGGAGACUUGCAUAUAAAGUAAAUUUGAUAUCCCAUGGCUAUUCAAAAGAGGAGCAAUUAAAUGUGGCGAGUGAGGCCAUCUCCUCUUGGUGCACCAUGAACUGUUGGCGCUCACUGGUAAGAGGUGACUGCCUAAAAACGAUUAACACUGGAGACGAAUAGCCAACACUGAAUGAACAUUUUGCUUUUCAGGCUUAAACUGAUUAACCAUAUUUCUAAUUCUUAGUCUAUACUUUCUUUGUUAUAUUAAGUGUGAUGUUUUGGUUUGGAAAUACUUUAACUUCAGUGUCUCUCUUACAGCAAACAGUGUCUUUGAUUUCUUUCAUUAUUUGCUAUGUACUGUAACUCAUCAGAACAGCCUCCUAAUUACCUUUUCUGUUGACUCAGUGACCGGAGGAGUUGGUGGUGGAAAGGUGAUGGAAAUUAAAGCACCCGAAGACGAAAAUCCUCAUAAUUAACGUCAGAUGCGUUUCAGAUAAUGUCGAAUGCAACAGGACAUCUAAGUUCUGACAGCCUUAAAAAAAUAUUCAAAGCUUUGCAGCUGAUCACGUCGAAAUUUGCAGACAGCAACAGCCACUAAAAGGGCAAUAUGGAUUCUAAACACGGAUUUUCUUGUCAUUUUUUUUUUCAGGGGGGGUGUUUUAAAAUUAUUGUUUUCUUUGCAUGGAGCACUUAAUCUUUCGUUGAUAUUAUUAUUGCAAUUUUAUAUUUGUUCAUAAAAUUGUGAGUAUAACUGAUUUCAAUAGGCUCAUACACAAUAAAUCCAUGUUUACAGGUUCCUGGUAUCACCACAGAGCGCUGUCAGCUUACGCUGCUUACUGCCUAUUAGCCUGUUCUAUUCCAAACACAGAUUUAAAGAGAGAUUGGUCAAAAUACGAAAUGAAAUAUCUCAGGUAACUUCAGUGCCCCAUGUCGGAGUAUCACGUUGUACACUCUUAUUUUGUAUUUCCUCUGUGUUCUCAUAAGUUUUGUUCUGUAGAAAGAAUCAGCCACACCGUUUCCUUUGUCCCAUAUCCAUUGUAUUAUAUCAAAACGCUGUAUUCGCAGAAAAGAAAAUAAUUCCUUAAAAUGGAGCGAUGAAGGGACUUACUUUAGAUAUAUUUAUUUUUUCUGAUCUGAAAGGAAAACUGAAAAAAACUCGUGCGUUGUGUGUCAUUUCUCAAUGUUGGACAGUCCAAAAGCCUACAGCAGUGGUAUUCAAUACAAAUGAGGGAAACAAGAUUUUUUUUUCUCCUUUUUUUUUCCAAGAAAAAAAAAAAGAUAAUAAUGAUUAAAAAAAAAAAAGGAUUUUAGAGAAAAUGUUGCCAGGAUUAUUUCCGAUAUGUAAAUAUGUCCAAUAUGUAAACUUGUAUUUGUUCUGAGAUAUUGUUUUGUUUUUGUUUCUUUCCGGGCAGUUUUGUACACUUACUAAUUCCAAGAAGAUAUUUUAAUAUGAUUUCAUUUAUGAAUCUGACCAUUUAUAUAUAUAUUUAUUUCUUAAAUGUGUUUGGAGCUUUUUGUUUGGCUCUGUUAAUGGUUAUGUUGCAGUGGAUUUCAAUAUGUUUUUUUGUUUACUACAUUGGUUGUA